AUGGGCGGUAGAAUACAUGGAUUUUUAGGAGGCGUUCUGCUGACGGCCUCGUUGACCUACUUAACUGCUCUGCAAAUUCGCAAGAACAGGGACAUCGUUUGUUCCAGCAUCAGAGAAUAUGAGAGUAUACUGGAAUCGAGAAAUGAACCCAUAAUACCCAAGUCGGACAUCAUAAACUACACCUCCCGUGCAACCACCCUAGAAACAGCAAAGGAUAUAUGGAACGCUGAGUUGACAAAAAGCGUGAAUUGGUUGUACUCUAUACAAUGGUUUGAGGCUGGGCAAAAGCUCUUGAGCAACGUUGAGAGCCUUUCUGGUAAAAAAGAUACAUAG